AUGACUAUCACCGUCGCUUUGGCUGGCAUCACCGGCAAAUUUGGACGCCUGCUUGCUUCCAAACUCAUCCAAAACCCCAAUGUUACCCUCCGAGGCUACUGCCGUGACCCCAAGAAGGUCAUCGCGGCCUUGGCAUCUUCCCCACAAGUUGAACUCUUUCAAGGUGAAGCCUACGACGAGGAAAAGAUCCGAAACUUCGUCAAGGGCUCCGACGUCGUCAUCUGCGCAUACCUUGGCGACGAUAAGCUCAUGGUCGAGGGGCAGAAAAUUCUCAUCGAUGCAUGCGAGUCUGAGGGAGUUCCUAGGUACAUCGCCAGCGACUGGGCUCUGGACUAUACCAAGCUCGAGCUCGGCGAGCUCUUCCCUAAGGACCCCAUGAAGCAUGUGAAGGCGUACCUUGAAACCAAGAAGUGCGUCAAGGGCGUUCACAUUCUCAUCGGGGGCUUCAUGGACGCCAUCAUGAGCCCCUUCUUCUCGGUCAUCGACCCUGUCACGCACACGUUCAAGUACUGGGGCGAGGGCACCGAGCCGUGGGAGGGUACCUCUUACGAGAAUGCCGCUGAGUACACGGCGGCGGUCGCGACUGAUCCUUCUGCUGUUGGUGUACAAAGAUUCUUGGGAGACAGAAAGACCAUCAAAGAAAUUGCGGCCUCUUUUGAAAGGGUCUACGGUAUUAAGCCGCAUAUGGUACGCUUGGGUUCGAUUGACGAUCUCAAGUCCACCAUGCACCGCGCCCAGGCCGAGAAUCCGUCCGACAUUUUCAAGUACAUGUCUUUGUUCUACAUGUACUACUGGAUCAAUGGUCGGACGUUUGUUGGACCCGAUGUUCAGAAUGAAAAGUAUCCAAAUGUCAAGCCUGUCACGUGGGAGGAUUUCAUGAAGGCACACAAGCUGGAUGAGCUUUCUGGAGUGUUUUCCGCGUAG